AAGAGUAAUUCACACGAAACAACAUUCCGAUUUCUCUCAAAGUUUUCCCAUCUUGCGAACAAGACUGUCGCCUGUUGUGCAGUGCAGAUAUUCAGACAAGACAUAAUCUAUACCGUCAAGAAAUGGCACCAGUUCAUAACGUGACCUCCUACUCCGUCGCUUCAACGUCAUCAGCGACCUCUUCGUCUUCCUCGAAAGUGAUGAAAAGCAGUGACUUCAGGAGAGAGCCAAGCGAAAGCGAAGACAGAUUUCAUUCGGUCACUUCAAAGGGAUUUUCCUUCAGCGACUCUCUCUUCGAAAAUGCCCGGGAGCGAUUCCACCACAGAGUCAGGAGGAUUCUCGACGACUGGGAUAUGACGGAAGGCGUCGACGAUUCCUGGUUUGGCAAAGGAGCCAUUUCCAGAACAGAAUUCGAGCAUGAAAGAGUCAGUGCACAUUCCGGUGAAUCUAAAGAGAAGAAUAUUUACGCUGCUGUUUCCGAAAAUGGAGAUUAUGAGAUCAGGAUGGACAUUGUUGGCAUGAGGCUGAAAGACGUCCGAGUGAGAGUGGCUGGCCAAAGGCGUCUGGUGGUUGAGGGAUCAAAGGUUGAGGAAGGAGAGAUGAAUGUCUGUCGCCAUUGUCAAAGGAAGACCCUUUACCAGUUCUCCCUGCCAGACGACGCCAAGAUGGAUGCCAUCUCCGCCACUUUCUCCUGCGAUGGAAUUCUGAUCAUCACUGUUCCUACGAAGAUAAUCACUUGCGAAAGAAGUGGACGCUAUUUACAAGAAAACAUCCUUCCAGAAACAAGAAACUCUCGACAUUGCACAACUGUCGCUCAACCAAGCUUCACAGAACCAUCCCAAGGGAGCACAACUCUUGUGAAGGAGAAGGAGAAAGAAUCCCAACAGCUUUGUAUGAACAAGAAUUACACUUCAGAAAUGAAAAGAUCCAAUUCCAUUUUCAAGACAAGAGCUUUUGAUGUGAAUUGUGCUUCUGAUUCUGUACCUGAGGCUUUAACGUCAAAUGUUCAUUUGGAAAAAGGCAGAAAGGCAAAGGAGGUGAUCAUUCCCAUCAUCAUGAUGGAAUCAGACGACAUAGCAGAGAGAAAACAGGAGAGGGCCUGUUCUAGGGAACCAGGAGAGUGCUCAAGCAGCAGCGAGCAGUUAUCCUCUGUGCAGAGGCAAAGUAAUCAUCACACGUCAGCCAGUUCUGAAGCUACCCUUUCAACUGAGGCUGAGGGAUCAAUAGUUCAACGAAGGCAAACUCAGAAACAGGGCUUGGCAGCUACAGAGUCGCUCUCAGUUACCAGCAAUGAAGAACUGCUACUGGAAAAUGGGAUUACUGUAAAUGAUCACAAGAAAGAUGUUGAUCAAACUGUCAUGGUUGCUGGGGCUGACACAGAGACAAGUGACAGACCAACAUAUGAUCACAGAAGAACGUUACAGCAUAAGAUAUCUGAAGGCCUUCUCAGUCCCUCCCAAGAAGUUUGCUGUGAGAAGAUUCAGCGGGUUGGUGAAAUGAAGACUGCAUGGGAUGUACAUCAUUCAGAAGAUGAUUCACCUAAUUCUGUAAUGGAAGGAAAGCAAAGUCUUGACUUUGAUGAAAUGCAUACAAAAUCACCUGCUUCAGAAAGUUCUAUCCUACUGGAAGUCAGAGAAAAGGGCAGUUUUCUUGAGGAUCUACACUUCAUCUCCAUGAGGGAAGCCAUGACAUCUGCACUUCGUGAAACCUUGUCUGAAUACAAUGCAGUGCCUUCAGAUGGUGAUUUACUAAGUUUCUACAGGCAGUUGCAGGAACAAAAUGCAAUACAACACAGUGAACCUCUUUCAGUAACUCAAGAAGAUGAUACUCAUUAUAAGAUCGUCGUUGAUGUCUCCACCUUGAGAAGAACUAGAAUUGAUGUGUUCCUGCGGAACAGAAACGAAAUCCAGGUCGUGGGAGAACCACUACAACACGAGAGUGACUAUCAAGUCUCAGAGAUAUUCAAACGUUUUGCUCUUCCAGAGGAAACAUCCAAUGUGGCCACAUCAGCAUCAUUAUCUUCUGACGGGUUUCUGAUGAUUACUGUUGUGAAAAAGGGAAAUUUGAACGAAUUGACCACUGAAGAGGAUAAUGGCAAGGCAGGAUUUCUCACUUCAGCAAGAGAUGAUUCCUUUGAAAUUAGAAAGCAGAAUUUGACCACCAAAUCAUCCGCUUCCAGUCUGGCUACAGUUGACCAUGCAGAACAUCUCACUGAACCUGAUUCUUCUUCACAUUCCAAGGAAGAGGAUACUUUGAUUGAAGAGAGUUUUUCUUCUACUUCAGAUCAAGUGUCAACAAACCUUUUGGACUCUUGUACCUCUAUGUCUUCUGUGGAAUUCGAUAAGGAACAGCCAUGUAGCAUUGAAGAACACGAAUCAGAAGCUCUAAAAAGUCCGUCAGAAUUAAGAAAGUCGAUUUCAAGUGACAGAACGGCGUAUGAUCACAGAAGAACGUUACGGCAUAAGACAUCUGAUGGCCUUCUCAAUCCAUUCAAAGAAGUUUGCUGUGAGAAGAUACAGCUUGUCGUUGAAAAGAAGACUGCAUGGGAUGUACAUCAUUCAGAAGAUGAUUCCGAAAAUUUUGUAAUGGAAGGAAAGCAAAGUCUUGACUCUGAUGAAAUGCAUACAAAAUCGUCUGCUUCAGAAAGUUCUGUCCUACUGGAAGUCAGUGAAAAGGGCAGUUUUCUUGAGGAUCUACACUUUGUCUCCAUGAGGGAAGCCAUGACAUCUACGCUUCGUGAAACCUUGUCUGAAUACAAUGCAGUGCCUUCAGAUGAAGAUUUACUAAGUUUCUACAGGCAGUUGCAUGAACAAAAUGCAAUAAAUCACAAUGAACUUCUUUCAGCAACUCAAGAUGAUGAUACUCAUUAUAAGAUCGUCAUUGAUGUCUCCACCUUGAGAAGAACUGGAAUUGCUGUGUUCCUGCAGAACAGAAACGAAAUCCAGGUCGUGAGAGAACCACUACAACACGAGAGUGACCAUCAAGUCUCAGAGAUAUUCAAACGUUUUGCUCUUCCAGAGGAAACAUCCAAUGUGGCCACAUCAGCAUUAUUAUCUUCUGACGGGUUUCUGAUGAUUACUGUUGUGAAAAAGGGAAAUUUGAACGAAUUGACCACUGAAGAGGAUAAUGGCAUGGCAGGAUUUCUCACUUCAGCAAAUGAUGAUUCCUUUGAAAUUAGAAAGCGGAAUUUGACCGAAUCAUCCGCUUCCAGUCUGGCUACAGUUGUCAGUGCAGAACAUCUCAAUGAACCGGAUUCUUCUUCACAUUCCAAGGAAGAGGAUACGUUUAUUGAAGAAAGUUUUUCUUCUACUUCCGAUCAAGUGUCAACAAACCUUUUAGACUCUUGUACCUCUAUGUCUUCUGUGGAAUCCAAUAAGGAACAGCCAUGUAGCGUUGAAGAACAACUAUCAAAAACUCCAAAAAGUCCGUCAGAAUUAAGAAAGUCGAUUUCAAGUGAAUACAAUGAGACAGAUGCCCUCGUAAGUGUAACUGUUGCACCAUCAGUAGAAAUUCAAGGAGAGAACAAAGCAAAUGACAUUUCCUUAUAUAAAGAAACCUUCAUAGGAAAGGAAAAUUCGAGUGAAUGUCACGAAAGCAGUACUCACACAGAACAGUCCGAGGACAGCUCUUUCUUGGAGUAUCAACAACAUAAGGCAGGAAGUAGCGAAGCAUUAGAGUCCGAAAAGGAUGCUGAUACUUCAGUGAACUCGUCCUCAUUCUCUGACCAGAACUUGGACGCAAAUAAUUUAGUGUCAGCCUCACCUGUAAUUGAAGAAACCAACGAGGAAACCUCCUCCACGGGUAGCUGCAUCCUUCUCAAUGUCCAAGAAAAGGGACUCUUCGAUGAAGACAUUUUCUUUCAAAAUAUUCGUCAUAAACUGCAGGCGAAGGAAAGGAAACUUUUAUCCAGGGAAAGAGAUGUGUCUUCCAUUGCUGAAGAUUUCAGUGACGAAGAGAAUCUGUCUUUUCUGGAUUGCCGGGAUAAUAACCAGACAGUUACUUCCAUCGAUGAUGGAGAUCAGUUCAUGAUCAUCAUUGAUGUCAGUGAAUCUGCGAAUGUGAAAGAGUUGCAACUUGAGGUAGUAGGCAAUAAUGCAGUACUCAUCAAAGGCUCUGCAGUGACCAAUGGAGCAGAGCAGGAUGAUGUCAAAACCUUUUCUGAACGGUUGGAUUUGCCUCCUGGGACUGAUGUGGAAUCUGGACACUGUGCGACCUCUGAGGAUGGCGUCCUAGUAAUUGCUUUCUCCAAGGUUACUUCUGCUGCUGAAAGGAUAAGUACUGACGAUACACUGCAUAUCUGUAUCAGUGGCGAUGAUUGUCCUGAUUAUGGAGAAAUGAUGCUGUCUACCACUGUAGAAAACAUUAACACCAGCGAUACAGACAGCAAGGACUUCAUGAAGUCUGUGACGGGUGGACAUAGAGCUUCAUGUGGUGUGGACACUUCUUCACAGACCAAGAGAUCUGCUGAGCGUAAUUUGUCAGCUGAAGUAACUGGUCUCUCAGGGGACAUCCACGACUCUCUCUCUACUGGCCAUUCAACCAACAAUAAUACUAAGCCAGAGACAAUAAAGGAUACAUCUGAUGCGUUGGAUGUUGGGCUCAAGUUUGAUGAGAGAUGUCAUGGUAUAUUCAGCGUCCAAGGGUCCAGCGAAAAAGAGAAAGGCCAUAUUUUGAAAACAUCAUGUGAACUAAAUCAGACAUUACAAAGAGGUCUUGAUAAUUCGGGUAAUGUUCCAAGUUUAGAUUCACAUAAUAAGAUGGAGGAAUUCACCAAAGAAGGUUUCUCCGGUUCCUUUAACAUGGGGAUGGCAUCUUGCUUCGUUUCUGACUCUUCUCUGAGGAUCUCAGAAGAGGAAAAGGCCACAACUUCAAAUGAAGAAACUUCUGCAAAUGAGGAAACUCUGAUGAUGAAAAGAAGAGAAGACGAAUUCUCUGAUUCCAUAGGAGGAGAUGAAUUAAGGGAGAUGCAAGAAAACAUAAAUAUCACCUCCUUCAAACAUAAUCAUCUUUCAUCAUCUCAAGAAGAAGAAGAAGAGCAAAGGUCUGCCAAGGACUAUGAAGAGAAUGAGGUUUCAAGCAGCAGAGCAAACGGUAGAAUUCUUCUAAGAAAGGAUUCCGAUGAAUCAGUUGGUGACCUCGAGCAUCAAAAAGAGAUGGAAGAACUCUCAUGUGUAGCUGAGAGGGCCGUGAAGGGAUACUUUUGCCCUGAAAACUACGUCACCUUAAAACUUCAGGAAAAGGGACUCUUUGCUGAAGAUGCUUUCUUUAAAAGUGCUCGUCUCCACCUCCUGGUGGGAGGGGGAGAAUCUUCGCCCAAUUCAGGAGGUCUGUCUUCUGUUAGCGAUGAACUAACAAGCACCAAGAAACUGUACUGUAUAGAUCAUUUUGAUCAAAACAAAGCACCUACUUUCAUCGAGGAUGAAGAAUAUUAUACGAUCAUCUUAGAUGUCAGCUGCUAUUCGGAGAAAGAAAGGGUCAAGGUUUCAGUCAUAGAAGAAAAGGAAUUGUCAGUUGAAUAUUCUUGUGUAGCAAGUGACAGUGAGCUGGAAUUGAUUAAAACCUUUUCUACGAGAUUCGUUUUACCAAGUGGUAUUGACUCAGGAUCAGGACUUUGUGGAAUUUCUUCUGACGGAAUUCUUGCAGUCAAAUUCUCUAAACAGAAACACUCCAGUUGUCAUAAACUGGAACGAAGAGAGGAUGCAGGUGAAACACAAAACUGUCUUAAUGUAGAGGAAAAUCUAGCUUAUACGACACAUUUCCUCCAGAACAGAGCCUGUAUCUCUUCAGAGGCCAAAUCUGAUAUAGUUGGUGUCAGUGAUUCCAAAGACUUCACCAGUAAGACUUUCUCAAGAUUUAAGAUCCAUUCUGAUUCCUCUGACAUCCAAGAACACAACAACAUCAAGGUCACGAUGCUCCCGUUCAUCAAGAAAGGACAUUUCUUCCACGAUUCUUUCUUUACUGAGGCUCAACGACUUUUGCAAGAGGCCAUAAAGAAGGUCCUCAUGCAGUCCUCUGAAGAAGAAACCUGCAGACAUUCGAGCGACAUCAAGACGUAUAAAUGUCUGCGAAAGCAGAAUCCUACUUGGCAAAAUCAGGCGUUCCAUCUUGAAGAAGACCAGUACGGCUGCAAGGUACUGUUGGACGCAGAGAGCCUCAGUGAAGGAUCAACGGUGGUUUAUGUGUUGGAAGGGACGGAACUUGUCAUCGAGUGUCAGCUGGAGACGAAAGUGGGAUCCUCACAUUCCCUUCAGACCUGCAAGAGAUCCUUUUCUCUUCCACCAAACGUUGACGUUAAUGAAGCGACUUCAGCUCUAUCUUCAGAUGGAGUUCUUUACAUAGUCUUCUCAAAGAGAGACAUUCCAUAGAUACGAAUGGGAGGGAAAAAAUAAACAACCACAACUUACGGCAGUAAUAACAAAUUCUUUGUAUUUUUAUUAUUUAUAUGAAAUACAAUACUUACUUUGGAUAUAUUUAUUUUUUGCUUAAUAAAUAAUACUGUAUUCGAAA